AUGACUAGGCUCCGCGGAGCGUCGAUCGAUUCCCCGGACGAGGCGCGGUCUGCUGGCAACGAGCGCCCUCAGUUCCAUCGGUGCAAACUCCCGCCAAAUGCGCCCGAGGUGGUCGCACAGAAUACUAUUGAAUUAUCGGAUUCCUCAUGCGUGUUGCCGUGGUAUCGCGAUGAGCGACGGAGAAGGUUCAAUGUGCUGGUUCGCAAAUACAAACAGCAGCUCCUUCACGGUUGUCGGGAUCCAGGAUGUCGCACUCCUACAUGCGCCAGUUAUCGCCGCCGAGUCAGCGAAGGCCCGUAUCGUCGGUAUACCGAACUCAGCGCGCGGACCUUGGCCUGUUACCUCGCAAGUCAAGACGAUGCAGAGAGCGGACUUUGCUGCAAUGCCCCUCGGUCGCCAACGGAGAUUGAAUUGCUGAACUAUCAUCGCAUUUCGUUGCAACGGAGUCGUGCUUUUAACGCCGAGGCCGCCGCCGCCAGACAUCCGUCCCCAGGGGACGGCAGUGCGGUGGACGAAAACUCCACGGAGCACUUGGUGUCCGGUGGCAGGACAGAUACUCCCGAAGCAGCGAACGAUGAUGCACCACAGACCGUUGAUAACUUGCAGUUACAAGAACUUGACUACACCGCCGAACAACCAUUGAAAGAUCCAAAAUCUUUUACACAAAACCUCUUCGACACCCUUUCAUUGCGCAUGGUGGAAUGGCUUCCUCUUCGUCGAGUAUCCGAUACCUAUCAACUCAAAACAAAACCGCCUCCUACUCCUCCUGAAACUACAAAUCGCGAGCGAAUACAGAACCAAGAAGCCACUGGAACUGCGAAGUCUCAUGAUCUACCCACCUUUUAUAGUGGACAUUCAAGCGCGAAUCCACGUACACCAUCUUCACGGACCACAGGGAGUCAGGCUUCUGCGGUCGAGGUCCGAUUUCCCAACCAGCAGGUCAAAAGACUAUCGGUCUCGGAGAUUGAUCCUUGGCGUCAGAGUCCGCGGCCAGGCCUGGGCGAGAGAAAGCGGCCAGACUAUAAGAAUAAAAAGGUGUCUGUGAACGCUUCCAAUGACUUAGUUAGCAUGUCCUCUCCGCCUGCAUUGAAACAUCGGUCACAAAAACACCGUGGACGAAUCGGAGAUGCCGAUACACCAUCCACCAAGAAAACCAGGAAGAAUAAUCGGCGAGUGUCGUGGGACGGUGAAAAGGUGUUGAAUCAGGCUGCUAUGGGAGCCAGCCCGGAACCUGCUCCAAUGUUGCCUGCUCCUCUUCCUUCUGAUAUUCAAUCUCCAAGUGACCGGAAAGCCAAACGAGCCUCUCACAGCCAGCCAUAUGACCAAGGCCCACUAGCCCAGACAGUUACCCAUCUGUCCGCUGAGAUCAUUGGUGGGCUUGGCCAGAUGAUGGCGGAGACCGAAGAAGACGCGGAGAAUUGGAAAGAGGAGCUCAGUCGCAUAGAAUCCACCGGGAAUUUCGAUAACCCCGACUGGCAAUUCGCGACAUCUCGCCAACGCCAGGUCUUCCCAUUUGUUGCACAGAGCGUCUUCUAUGUGUUCGGCAGCGCCAGGCAAAUUGUGCGAUCCUUUGAAAGGGAGAUGCUUGAAUCGAAUGCUUCAAAGCAAAAGACGAUGGCCUCUCGUCUUGAUCUCUCGCGACUGCAGGUUUCACUACGACGACUAUUUGCUGUUUGUCCCUGGGACAUUGCUCUGCAUAGUCUAUGGAGUGCGCUGGACAGAUUGUUUGUUCCUCCUGAAGAAUUGACAUCUUCCGGCCGGCCUUCACGCCGUUCAUCUCGCAGUUCAACCCUGGUUUCAUCUGCCGCUCCCCCGGUUGUUGUGCGACGACCCUCCGAAUCAGUGGAUGAAGAACAUUUGUCAGAUGCCGACGCCGCCCACGUUGCCACCGUUACCUUGUUCGCUCUAGUCAGCUCUGUGCCCGAGCUUGAUGCAGAUACAUGGCGUGGGGUACUUCGAAUGCGUGCUGCUGGGAAUGUGGCUUCACCUGCGGACAUGCACAAUCUUCCCCCUGAACACGUCCAGCGCGCUGUCGAGGUGACCGACAAACUCGAACACGAGCUAGGUCUUCGCCUUGUCAACCGACUCGUUCGUGCACUGGUAGCCCGCCUGACAUACCACGAAAUUUCCAAGUCGCGACAAAUAUACAAUUCCGACGUACCAAAACAACGAAAAGCGAGCGUACUCGACCGCGUGGUGGAGCAUCUCAGCGACCAUCGCACACUUACGGACCCGGACGUACUCCAGGUGUUCGGACCCAUUUCUCUUAUCAUCGAAUGGCUUCGUACCCUCUUCCUGCGAGAGUGGGAUGGCAAUCCGGAGAUGCUUCGGAGCAGCGCUGCGGGCGGUGCCAUACAAAUCCUGGCCUCGAUGUAUAAAGAACGACGCCGGCUGGGCUUGGAACCGGAAGACUUCCAUACCCCCCUUCUUGCAGAGCGGCUGGACCCUCUGGAGAUGCCUGUGGCAUGGGCGAGCCGGCUGGCAAACAACCGAACUAUGCAUCUGCUUUCCUAUCCUUUUCUCUUCCCGCCAUCGUCUCUCGUCAUUUACUUUCGUGCCUUGAACUACUCCGCCAUGUCAAAGUACUACGAGUCUUCUAUGACUACGACCAGGCACGUCACUCAGACAGCGUUCAGUAGUACCAUGCACCUCAAUGAUGACAUGGGCAUUUUGGCGCGCAUGAAGACGUCGAUGUCGACCUACCUGGUCCUCGUUGUUCGACGAGAUAACGUCUUGGGUGAUGCCUUAAACCAGUUGUGGCGACGGGAAAAGCGAGAACUGAUGCGACCACUGAAGGUGCAAAUGGGAAUGGACGAAGGAGAAGAGGGUUUGGAUCAUGGCGGUGUUCAGCAAGAAUUCUUCCGGGUGCUCAUGGCGGAAGCGCUGGACCCCAGUUACGGCAUGCUUACACUGGACACACGGCACCGUAUCUCCUGGUUCCGACCUUGCUCCUUGGAACCGCUGUAUAAAUUUGAACUGCUUGGCCUUCUGAUGUCAAUCGCAGUGUACAACGGACUUACUCUGCCUGUCAACUUUCCGAUUGCCUUCUAUCGCAAACUGCUGGGGCUCAAGGUAAAGCACCUCAGCCAUAUCCGAGACGGAUGGCCAGAGCUUGUCCAGGGACUUGAGACCAUGAUGUCGUGGAAGGAUGGCGAUGUUGGCGACAUCUUUAUGAGGACCUAUGAAUUCAGCUUUGAAUCUUUUGGCCGCGUCGAGACUGUCGACAUGCAGAAAACGGGCCGCGAUGCCAUGUGGCCGCUGCCGAGCGGAAUCCCGGAACAGAACUCUAUGGGUGACUCCACUGCCUGGUCUGACGUACCGCAUUACUUUGACCAGGCCAUAGUGAGCCCACCCUCUUCCAUGGCCGCCGAGGCAGCCGAUCGCACCCCCGGUCAACCUGUGUCGGGCGACACGGCGAAAUCCGUUAUGGAAUCUCAGCCCAUUCAAUUCCCCAUUCCUCCCAGCGACGAGGCAGCCCUGGUGACGAACCGUAAUCGGCACCAAUUCGUCAAGGACUACGUCUUCUGGCUCACGGAUAAGUCCAUCCGGCCGCAGUUCGAGGCUUUUGCCCGUGGAUUCAACACCUGUCUGGACCGAUCCGCCCUUUCCAUCUUCACCCCGGAGGCGCUGAAGACCGUGGUGGAAGGCAUUCAAGAAAUUGACAUCCAGGCAUUGGAGAACCAUUCCCGGUACGAGGGCGGGUUUGGGCCGAAGCACCGGGUCAUCCGGGAUUUCUGGAGCGUGGUGUCGCAGUAUCCGGCCGACAAGAAGGCGCAACUCCUAGAAUUCGUGACUGCCAGUGAUCGCGUCCCCGUCAACGGGAUCUCAAGCAUCAUGUUCGUGAUCCAGAAGAACGGUGUGGGUGACCUGCGUCUUCCCACCAGUCUGACCUGUUUCGGACGGUUGUUGCUGCCGGAGUAUUCGUCGCGCGAGGCACUGGCGGAGAAGCUGGACAAGGCAUUGGAGAAUGCACGGGGAUUCGGGGUUGCGUGA